CAGGUGCGUUCUGUUUCUUUGUUGUUUUGGAGGAUUUCAUGCUUUUAAUUUCUUAAUCUAUAGAAAAAGUCAUUUGAAAAUGGAAGCAAAUUGAAAAUUAGUUCCAUGAGUUGUGUUCCUAAUGAGAAGUAUCUUAGUAGCUCGAAUUGUCCCUUAACGUCCUUAUAUUUUUAGUAUGAUUAAUGGAUUCUGCUUGAUUUCUCUAUGUGUGAUUUAUGGGUUUUGCUUUAGUUCUCAUAUUUCUUUUUGGUUUCUACUUGUUCCUGAUGAAAAGUAGCUCGAUUUUUCCUCAACGUCCUUUUACUUUUUUGUAUGAUUUAUGGGUUUUGCUUUUAGUUCUCAGAUUUCUAUUUUCUCUUAUACAGAUUUUAAUUUUGUGUUUGUUUAAUUUCAGGUUUGUUGAGAUGACAUCGAAUAAUAAGAAGAAGAAAACGGAGCUUUGUGAUUUGCCCAAGUGUCUUGCACCUCACAUAUUGUCUUGGUUACCAACCAAGACCGCGGUUACUGUUUCUCUUCUCUUUAUGAAAGGAUGGUGGAGAAGUGAGAUGAAGAAUCUUUCAAGUCUUAAGUUUUCUUUUAGUGAUGAUCAAGAGGAAGAGCAUUUUGUGAGAUUUGUUGAUCAAGUGUUGAGGCAGAGAGGUAACCGUAAGUUGGAUAGUUUCUCGCUGACACUGAAUGACGAGAUCGAUGGAGGAUUUGUUACUCAUUUAGUUGAUUAUCCAUUGGACAAUGGAGUAGAGAAGCUAAAGCUUAGCAUAUAUGAUAUAAAAGGAAAUUUCCAGCUGAGUUCAAGAGUGUUUUCGCAAGCCACUCUUGUAACUUUGAAGUUAGCAACCAACCGUAGUUUGAUUUGGAUAAAUGGAGAUGAUGUAGCUGCUGCUCAUCUUCCUUGUUUGAAGACCUUGUGGCUUGACGACGUUUUAGUUGCUGAUGUUAAAGUGUUCGUUAGACUCUUAUCAAGAUGUCCAAUACUAGAGGAGCUCGUGAUGAUAGAUAUGAAGUGGCAUAAUUGGGAAGCCUGUUUUGUGGUUAGCGCAAGUCUCAGAAGAUUGAAAAUUGUUUGGACUGAUUAUGUUGAAAUGGAUGAGUAUGAUAGAUGCCCUCAAAGUGUAUUGUUUGACACUCCGAAUGUCUUGUAUCUUGAGUACACUGAUCAUAUUGCUGGGCAAUAUCCACUACUGAAAUUUUCUUCCCUUAUUGAAGCCAAGAUCAGACUUGAAAUGAUAGAUGAAAAAGAGGAAGAAGAUGAGGGACAAGAAGUGAUUGUUGGUGAUAAUGCCACAGCCUUUAUCACAGGAAUAACAAGUGUUCGGAAACUCUAUUUGUAUGCGAACACAAUUCAGGUCCUUCACCACUACUUCGAUCCUCCAAUUCCUGAAUUCGUAUACUUGACUCACCUGACUAUUCAGAGUGACAAAGAACUAGGCUGGGAUGCGAUUCCAGAGCUGCUUAGUAAAUGUCCACAUUUGGAAACCCUCGUCUUGGAGGGGCUUUUCCACUUAGCCACAGAUGUGUGUGGUGAUGUGUGUCCCUGCAGGAGGAACAUGGAGCAGGCAAUCUCUUACCUAGUAAAAUCUCCUGUUACUCACCUAGAGAUAUACGAAGGAGUUGUUGGGAAAAAGAGAGGAGAAGUUACUGAGGAUGCAGCCCGAUUUGGUGAGCAAGUACGGUGGUUUUUGAUGAGAAUGCUACAUCUCCAACAAGUGAAAAUAUAUGGGCAAACAGAAGAUAGCGUUACCGCUCUUUACGACAUUGCCACUGAACUUCGGAGACUUGAAGGAAAAGCUUCCCCAAAUGUUCAGAUAUCUGUACUCCAAGCUUAAGCAAAGGCGUGUAGUAGAGUAAUUGUGACCAAAGUUGAAAGUCUUUUGUGUGCAUAUAAUGAUUCAACUUUAUGGCUCUGAAAAUGCAUCUUGUUCUUAAGGUAAUGUAAUUAAAGAGAUAUAUUACAAACUCUGUGAAUGCUUACUUAGAAAAGUUAAGAAAAAACUUGUGAUUAAAGGCAGCAAAUACACUCAUUAACAACUGAAACCUCCACUAUUCUCAGAGAAGUGCAAAUACAAAUAUAAACCUGUGGAAUUAUGCUUAUUUUCAACGUUUUAAAGCUUUUGAGAAAACAAUUGAUACACUAGCGAGGUAGCCUCACCACCAAUCAUCAUCAUUUGAGUCUUCCAAAAUCGUCUGCAAUUUCAUCAAUAGAGGCUUCUGAGUUUGUGGAGCGAGCAAACAUCAAUCGACCUUGUACAUUGAAACCCUUCUGAUUUAUGAGCAAGAAGAGUAGUAACUCAAGGCGUUGAGAACUGAAGCGAUUCUAUGAUUCCGAUUCCACUCUCUUCCAGGUAAAUGUAUUAACAGCAGGGUGUCUGGUCCGGUGGUCUCAUCAAGAAAAGACAGAGACAGAGAGAGCUACAAAAACAAUUAAAUG